GUGUCGCGAAGCAAGCAGCAGAUCUAGGCAGUGGUUCAGACAUAGGAAAUCUUUCCUCCCGAGCUCAAACUUGCCCUGCUCAGGGGCAGCGAGCCAGAUCGACGCAUGCUGUUACCUCAGCGUUGGAGUCCUUAGACUCUGCGAUAAAGUCCUGGGAUGAAGUACCGGGACCCAAGCCGCUUCCUUUUUUGGGCAACACUUGGAGAUUCAUACCUUAUAUAGGAGGCUAUUCAGUGAAACACGUUGAUCAAGUAUGCCUUUCGCUGCGACAGCAAUAUGGCAAAUGUGUCAAAAUGGCCGGAUUACUUGGAAGACCAGACAUGCUCUUUGUAUUUGAUGCUGGUGAAGUUGAAAGGGUCUUCCGAGGAGAAGACGCUGCUCCCCAUAGACCUUCGAUGCCUUCGUUAAAUUACUACAAGCAUAAGUUGAGGAAAGAUUUCUUUGGAGCCGAAAAACAUUGUGCUGGAGUGAUUGCUGUGCACGGUGAAUCAUGGGCAGCAUUCAGAACAAAAGUUGCUAGAGUGGCCUUAAAUACUGGUGCUGCUGCCCAAUAUACUGAACAGGUUGGGGAAGUAGCCGAUGAGUUCGUUAAAAGGGUGCGAGAAAUAAGAAAUAAUGAAUCAGAAACGCCAAGUGAUUUCUUAAAUGAAGUACAUAAAUGGUCUCUCGAAUCUUUAGGAUUAAUAGCAUUAGAUACGAGAUUAGGAUGUUUUGAGUCAAGUGAAGGUUCGGAAAGUCAGCAUUUAAUAGACGCUGUUAACACGUUCUUUCUUUGUGUGGGUGAAUUGGAAUUGCGAGCUCCAUGGUGGAGAAUCUAUCCGACCACCAUGUUCAAGAAAUAUGUAGCCGCCCUGGACACGAUACUGAGUGUUACUCUAUCUCACGUAGAGCGAACGUUGAAAGAAUGUCGAGACAAUGAUAGCAAAUCUCUCUUACAAGACUUAGUGGCUGCUGCUGGACCAAGAGUUGCAGCUGUGACAGCGCUUGAUAUGUUCCUAGUGGGAAUUGAUACGACAUCAAACGCAGUAGCUUCAACUCUAUAUCAAUUAUCACGAAGACCAGAUGUUCAGGAUAAGCUAUAUAAAGAAAUAACUAGCGUUUUGAAAGGCAGACCACUGAGAGCUGGUGAUGUGGCACAAAUGCCUUAUUUAAAGGCUUGUAUUAAGGAAGUUCUAAGAAUGUACCCAGUUGUUAUUGGCAACGGUCGACAGUUGACCAAAGACACAAUAAUUUGUGGCUACAAUAUACCUAAAGGUACACAAGUAAUAUUCCAACAUUAUGUCAUGGGUAACAGUGAAGAAUAUUUUUCUAAAGCUUCGGAAUUUCGUCCUGAGCGUUGGUUACAACGUUCAACAUAUAAGCAUCACGCUUUCGCGUCUCUUCCAUUCGGCUUUGGGAAACGGAUGUGUCUUGGACGCAGAUUCGCUGAAUUAGAAAUGCAAAUCGUAAUUUGUAAGAUGGUGAAUGCGUUUAAAAUGGAGUAUCAUCAUGAGCCGCUUAAAUAUCAUGUGCACCCCAUGUACACUCCAAAUGGGCCUAUUCGGAUAAAAUUGAUCGAACGAUGAAAGUCAUAUGGGAAUUAAAUAUAUUUAUACAUAUAAUAA